AUGCUCGAAAACAAUUUCUCCGCGGACGUGCCGAUGUGGUUUUCGUUCGACUCGAUGGACCACACGGCUCUCGCCUUGGACCCGGAGCUUGUCAGUGAGGACUUUUAUGGGAAUCAGCUGGGUGUCAAUGAUUUCCACUCGGCAUCUGCCCAGUUACUGAGCCCUGAGCUCUGCGCUGAGUAUGAGUCGGCAAUGGUCCAAGCCGCCUCAGACCAAUUCCGAACACCCCAUGCAUUGGGAAUGCCAGGUACUCCGGCUUCGCCAGGAUUCGUGGAUAAACUCACCUCGAUAUUUGAAGAAUCCACUUUCAGCACCACACCAGAUUCGAAAGCAUUCCCCACCAACAUCUCGCUCGAUGACCUUCUCCGGUCGACCUCGCAACUAGCCACCGAGCGAGCCCUUUACAUGAAUAUCCCCGGAGCUAUCUCGUCACCACGGUCGUCAUCGCACGAUAGCAUCGGCGCACUUCCCCCGUUCGUCCAAUCGCCUGUUGCGCAGGACCCCUGCAGCUCGCCAGGAAUGAGCCAUCAAUCCUACAGUGGAAGCGAGGGGGACUGGGACCGGGAGUACAAUCUGAGAGAGCCUGCACAAUACUACCGACUCCCGGAUAUGGGGGUGUCGGACUCCCUGCCGCUCCAUUACCCUAUCGAUGGGAUGAUGGGGACGGAGCACCCAUUCAACGACCCACACCAACCUGCUGCGUUUCGAGCAGGGUCGGAGCAGAACUGCGGCCAUGGAGGCAAAGGCAAGGGUCGGGCAGACUCCGGAGUGACUGGAUUGAAAUCCCUCGAAGCGAUGGAGGGACUGACCCCGCUGGAAAUGCCUGACGGGAGCACCCGGUUCACCGCGAACUGGCUCCCCGUGGACCCUGAAGGGGGCUUCACGAUUCGGGACCCCUCGGGCGACCGAUUCAACCAUGUUGACGACGACCCUCUUGACGUUGAUCCAAUGAUGGAGUGCUAUGCGCAGAAUGCAUUCAUCUCAGUACCGACCGAUGUUGCAUUUCCUUGAAGUACCGGGUACAUUGAGCAACCCCAGAGCACAGGACUCCGAACCGAAAAUAGUCGCCAGUCGGGUAGGCAAAAUGAGCAAUGACGGUAUGACCACCGGAAUUAGCACCGGGGCACGGCCACACUGGCACACACUAGAGGCUAGCUACUAGCCUCGAUCCAGCCUAGUAGUCUAGGCGACCCUGGGCCGGUCGGGGGGCGAAGCCAG